AUGUUGUGUCUCAGGAAGACCUUUGCAAGAUCUGAACACGAUGACUCAAUGAAUAAGAAGAUGCCAACCACCUACGACAUCAAGAUAGCAGUAGCAGCUUAUAGCAUCCAGCGUCGCGUGCUCAAACUUUCAUCAACCAGCAGCAGUGAGGAGUCUGUCACACCAGACGAGCGAAAUCUCCCCGCCAGCGGACGCAUUCGCCGGCGAAUGGAGGUUACCAAGGUCCAGCUACUUCAAGCCGAAGAGAGAAAAGCGGCAGGAAAACGUCUCAAGGAUGAAAUUCAUGGACUAAGGAAAGAACACGGAGAUAUAGUCAUUCCGGAGAGAAAUGGGGGUAUUACAGAAGCCGACUGUCUCAGCGAGAUUAACACGAUUCUGUUUGACUGGGGUCUCACCAAUGUCAAGUCCGAGGGAGGAACUCAUCCAUGGGACGACGACUUGGAGAGUAUGGUCUCACAUUACGUUCAGCGCAAACAAGAGGAGAGGAAACGGCGUCGAGAGGAUCGUUCGGUGUCUUAG